UACAUCGAUGUUUCUCCUUUCGUAAAAAACAUCGAUGUUUUUUCUCCGAUGUUCGAUGUUUUUGCCAGUUUUUCCAUCACUGAGAAAAAAACGCAGUAAAAGCUAGAGCGUUAUUUUUGGAGUUAUUGGUGUUGGCAGGCAAUGGUUAUAAUGCAUAAAUAUCUUAGAGCUUCAAAUGGGCAAGGUUGUAGUGCGGCAACCAUUGAAGAAAAAGAGCAAGAGGAAGAGCCGCAAGCCAAAAAGGCGCGAUAUGGUCAGUCCAAUGUGUGGAAUUUUUUUAAUAAGUCCUCGGAUGGCAAGACUGCCAAAUGUUUAAAAUGUGGUAAAAUUUAUCAAACCAGCGGAAACACCACCAACAUGGCGGGACAUUUAAAGCGGGUACACCCAACGUUAACGGUGAGUGAGUUGCCAAAGGCUUCAGGACAUAUGGCGGCUUAUUUGGAUAAAAAAUAUGAAGCCUCAUCGAAACGGAAGAGAGAUUUGGACAGCGCAUUGUUAAAUUUCAUUUGCUCCGAUUUACGUCCAUUUUACAUUGUAGAAAACGAGGGAUUUAAGCAAUUUGUAAAUGCUUUGGAUCCCCGAUACGAAUUGCCUUCACGAUCAACAUUGCUUUCAACAUGUUAUAAUAAUUUAUUCAUGAACAUGAGAAUGAAACUGAAAAGCAUUUUGCAAGAAGUGGAAUAUUGCGCUGUGACAACCGACUGUUGGACAUCUCGAGCCAACGAGGCUUAUUUGACCGUAACUUGCCAUUUUAUAUAUUAG